AUGUCAAGAGUAAAUCGCCCACCAAUUUCUAUCUCACGUAUUGUACGUAAUUUACGCAACAAUCCCGACAAAAUUGCCGUCGUAAUUGGUACAGUAACAGACGACAAUCGUCUGUUGGAGGUCCCAAAAUUGUCGGUUGCCGCACUUCGUGUGACAAAAACGGCAAAAGCUAGAAUUUUACAGGCUGGUGGCGAGAUUCUUACUUUUGAUCAGUUGGCGUUGCGUGCUCCCACCGGAUCCAAUACCAUUUUGCUAAGAGGUCCUAAAAAUUCGCGUGAGGCAGUUAAACAUUUUGGAAUGGGUCCGCAUAAACAUAAAAAACCAUAUGUGCGCUCUAAAGGAAGAAAAUUCGAAAAGGCUCGUGGUCGCCGAGCAUCUCGAGGCUUCAAAGUGUAA